AUGCUACACGAAACGUAUGCCCCUGGCGACACCGCUUCCGUGGCAUGGAGCCGCCAAAAAAAAGUUUCGUUUCUUCGUCUCAUAUCUGAGGUGCGGGAUGGCGUGCGGCCACCGAGUGUUGCUCUUCUCUAUGGUCCAACGGGCUGUGGCAAACUCUCCUCUGUGUGUGCCAUGCUGCAAGAGCUGCGCGAUGCCUUGGGCCGGCCGCUGCGGGUUGAAGUGAUGCAUUCCUGCGAGGCAACGCCGCAGCAGUACUACAGUUUUCUCAUGGAUACCUUCACCGAGCACGAAAUGACGGGGGAUGACGCGUGUGCGUCACAUCCUGCCGCAUCUUCGGUCCCUGCGGAUGUCUCCGGCGGUGUGACGCACAAGGCACAGCCGCUGGCUGACGCCAAAAGCCAGCGGCAGUCACGUGUGUUGGUCCGGGUGGUGAAGUUCUACGGCGAGUCGCUCCUGUCGCCCCUGCACAGCCGUACCCUACGUUUCCUUGACCACUACGACGCAUGGAGGCGCGCGGAGUCCUCGGCAAGGCGCGCUGGCGAUGGUGCCGAUGCGUUGGAUGCCUCGCUGCUGCGACGCCACCUUGUGCUUUUCAUCCUCACGACACACGACACACACAGCGACAAGGUGGCUCUGGGGAAGCUGCUGCCGUCCCGUGUUCUCACACAUCCGUGCGUUUACUCCUUCCACUGCACCCCACUCACAGCCCGCAACUUGGCGGCACGCGUCAAGGAUAUUUUGUGCCUGGAGAGACGGCGGCAAAAGUGUGGUGUUCGACGCCGCCUUUCAGAUGACGAGGUGGAGUUUCUGUGCGAGCACGCCCACGGCGAUAUCCGCCAGGUGUUGCUGCAGGUGCAGUGGUGCUGUCUUUCUUGGGAAAAGGGCUUGAGAGGAGCAGUGGCGGCAUCGACGUCCGCCGGCGCACAGGAAAAGAAGCAGCCACAGCCGAAAUCAAAGAGGCCGAGAACUGUCAUGGACCUCCUUGAGGAGCAUGAUAAUUCUCACGUGGUGGGCUCCACCCUGCAACCCUCACUGACCGUUGAAACGCCUUCCGAGGAAGGGGCGGGAACGGCGGUGCUCUUCCGGGACGAGUACCUCGAUGUGGCACACGCGACUGCACGUAUACUCACGAAUAAAUACACCAUUUCUUCCGUGGUGAAGGCCCUCAAUACAGAGCCUGAAAGGUUACUUAGUUACCUGACAAACAACAUGCCUGUUUAUUUUCGUGCGGGACAAAUGCAGGAGUAUGCUGCGUGCGCUGCUUCAGCAAGUGCUGCCGACGCUUUACGCGCUGCAGAAUCAUUUGGCAGGCGCAGGCAAGCUGGUGCAAGUCUACACACUGUAGGGCUUACCUCCGGCGAUGAUAGUGAUAGUGGCGGAGUUAUGAGGCUAGACCUCAUCUCCCUGAUGCUGUUUGGUAAGACAUACGAGGUUUGUCACAAGGAGGUUUACAUUCCACGCGCGCUUGUGGCGCAGCGCCCGCCGCCGUACCAGCCUCUGGCCUACCCGCGUCUGCGAGAUGUGGAACCGGCACGAAAGCGUUUACGGAAUGAUGAAGGAGGAUAUACUGAAAUUGAUUUUGAGCAGCAAAAGAGAAGAGGCGAGCAGCACAGACUCUACUCGACGGAGUUGGAGUGGCACCAGGAAUUUAUGCGACGGCUGCAACUGUGCCCAGUGGGUGGGAGUCCCUGGCGCAGUACGGAGGUUGAUAUUGUGCGAGAGGCGCUUCCAGCACUUGUCAACAGGUGUGCCUCGUUGGACGCCGUGCUGCUGGAGUACGCCCCGUAUGCGAGGUGCAUCGUGCUCGACCGUUCCUCUCCGUCUGCCGCUCUCGGUGUCCCAGAUUCCGGUGCCACUGCGUUAUCGAGCAGCGCGGCGUCGCUCAGCAAGCUACCUGCGAAAAUGCCCUCGAAACCUCCAGGGCCGAAGAAGACGUUGUUUUCCUUUGCGAAGCCGAAGGCCGCCUCGCCGCAGCGACGUCCCUGUUCCCUGAUACGGUACAAUGUGCUUUGCUGCGGCCUGAGCGAGAAGCCUCCUGUCCGGGCGGAGUACUUUUUUAUCCCCCCACGCAACGCUGAUGCCGGCAACAACGACGACGAUCUCUUGGAUGACGCGGCGACCGACCCCAACGCCCCGCAGCCGCUGCUGCCCGAUGGGGAGGACAUUGAGGAGUACAGCGACUGA